AUGUCAACAUCCGCCGUGUCGGCGGUGAACGUGGGGCGAACGAUGGGUAACCGGAAGCGCCCGUUGGUGGUGGUCGCACCGAUGCACGCCGGGUUGAAAAUAUGUAAAAUUGAAAUCGGAAAAUGUUUGCUUUUCGUCACGCUGCUAACGAGUGUUUGCUUUCAAGGCGCUCGCACCGACGAGGGUGAAGCGGGGGCGACCUCGGCCGAUCCACAUCCGCCACCGACGAAUGAACCCGAAACAACAACCGGCUGUCCUCCACCCGAUUUGAAAAUUUCCCGACCUCGCAAGCAGUACGCAACAACCGAACCGCCCUUCGUCACAUUCGAAACCACGCAGAUCUACCUGCCGCAAGAUUUCACCACCGCCGACUUUGAACUGGUCGAGGCGGGCAAGUCCGGUGUCAAUGGGCUCCACAGCCGUGCCGAUACCAUCGACCAAGCCGCUGCCCUUCACGGUAACUCCCACGACACCUCCUUCUGGUGGGAGCUGGGCAUCCAGAAUGCGGAAGUUCGUGAGUCUUUGGCGGCAGCCUCUUUCCCGGCACGCUCCAAGCGUGCAGCCGUGGGUCAUCAACGGCGUCCCCAUCAUCACCGCCGUCGGCGUAGGUCGUCCCCCGGUCCGCACGACCAUUUGCUCAACCUGGAGGAACUGUCACCGGCCAUAGUGAUUAAUAACAUCUUCAACGAAAAUGACAGCGACCACAGUGUGUACGACAAUCUGUUCCUCAAUAAUGGACCUUCCGAGGGGGACAUCGAUGAUGAUCGGGAUGGCGAAAACACGCCGGACACGGGCCAGUACCUCGACAAGAACGAAAUCGAGGGCGAAGAGAUCAUCGUCGAGAUGGGUGACAACGGGAGCAUCAUUCGGCGGCGAGUCAAGCGCAAAUCGGGCAAAACGACGGGCGCCCUGAGCCGUGCGAAGGCUGGCAGUGGUGGUGAUGGUGGCAGCAAGAGCAUCGCCCGGCAUCACAAGCAAGAUCACACGAACGCGGACACCCCGGAAGCGGUCGAGCUUGCCGAGGACGCUGCGCUCGGUGGUGGUGACCAGCAUCGUCAGCCGGGCGCCGGGGCACGGGGCACCCAGAUCCGGGUGAAGCGCAAAUCCGGAAAAGCGACCGGUGCGCUCAGCCGACCGAAGGGGGCCAGCGACAGUGGCAGUAAGAGUAUUAGUCGCAAUGCCAACAAAGGGCAGUACGAUGAGGACGGUAGCUACGUGCCGCCGCUCCCGGACUCGGCCGAAAACCCCGACCGGGAGGACAAGGAAAGCGAGGAGGUGGAGGAAAGCCCCGAGCUGCAUCAGUUCCGCGAGGUGUCGGAGGUGCGGUUCCCCGGCGAGGUGGGCCCGCUCGGGGGGCACCGGCUGUGCAAGAUCCAGUGCAUCCGGGGCCACUGGGUGGGACCGCUGUGUGCGAUGAACGAACACGAGCAGGACGAGCACGGGCAGCUGAAGUUCGAACCGCUGUACAAGCGGUGCGUCGUCGAUCACAUUCCGCCGCAUCUGCUGCUGAGCUACAAGAACGUAUCGGUGACGCUCGGGUGGGAUCUUCCGCAUGGGCACACGCUGCAGGCACGGUGCCGUGAUCUCGGGCUGUACAAACUGCUGGGCGAAUCGAAGGUGCUCUGCUCCAACGGUCUGUGGGCGCCGAAGAUGCCGUCCUGCGUACCAACGACACUGUUAACUAAUUACUCCGACGACAGUCCACCAUCGAUUCGCAUCAAGGUAGGCGUUGGAUCGGCCGCGUACGAACCGUCCGGUGUGUUGGCCGUGCUGCCGACCAGUACCAUCCAUCUGGACUGCAUGUACCCGCGUCGGCGUGGUUCCCCCGAAUGGACGUGGACCGGUUGGUUCCGACAGUAUCUCACCGGUUGGUCUGCCGUACCGGAGGAGAAAGCAUCGCGCUAUCGGCUCACGAUUAAGGACAUUCAGAACCAGGACUCGGGCACGUACACUUGUGCCUCGCCGCGUGGUCUAACGAACAGUAUCGUCAUCAUCGUUGCCGUGUCCCAGUGCGCCGCUCUAACGGAACCUAAUCCACCGCUGUCCCUACGCCUGGAGGGCAUCAAACUGGGUCAACGUGCGCUGUACCGGUGUCCCCUGGGUUACAUGCUACAGGGAACGGCUAAUGCGACUUGUCUCGCUUCCGGAAACUGGUCCUCACCGACGCCCACUUGCCACCCGAUCCAGUGUCCGCCGCUGUUCCUGGAGGAUCCGCAUCUGAGCCUGGUCGAGCUGAACACGUCCGCCUGGGGUCGAGCAGUGUUCCGUUGUGCCUGGGGCUACCGGCUAAGUGGACCGCCCGGGCUGGAAUGUGAACCGAACGGACACUGGAGCGGUCCGAUACCGCGCUGCCGUGCCAUUCAAUGUCCACAGCCACUGGUUCCAAUAAACGGCAGAAUCGACGGCACCAGUGGCCUGACGACGUUCGGUCAGCGACGCUAUGCGGUCGGGGCACUGGUAACGUUCAGCUGCACCGAGGGUCAUCUUCUCGUCGGCGAGGCGUCAAUUGUCUGCACCGAAACCGGAUUCUGGUCACACCCGCCCCCGUUCUGUAAAGCACAGUGUCCGUAUCCCGGUGAUCCACCGAACGGUUUGAUUGCACCGCUGAAGUUCCACUACGAUCCGGGAGACUACCUGACCGUCCAGUGUCGGCCGGGUUUUGUCGAGCACGGUGCGAACGGUGGCCCGCCAGAGCGUCCCCGCUGUACGCCCGAGGGCGACUGGUCCGGUCCGGUGCCACAGUGUCGAAGCUACGAGGAGAUUUAAACCCAACAGUCCUAGAGGCAACCGCCGUUCUCCUCUACCCCGUGUAUUCUACAAUAAUUCCACCUCCUAAUACGAUGGAGGGACGAGCAGACGGGUACCUUCGGAGGUCGUAUAAGAAUUUCCACAGCAAAACCCAACAAAAUAGAGCCCAUUGCGUGUGAGAGUCCUUGUGAUAACGGUAACAGAAAAAGAAAAACAAAACAAAUAACAGACCUUCUCGUCGAGUAGCGCAACACAGACACAAUGGCACACGCAAACACACCCGGUCGGUGGUAAGGAUCGGAUGCAUCAAAUCGGUCAAAUCGGUGGAAUCCCCGGCAUAAUCCAUUGUCAGAACGGAUCAGAGCGUGCGGGCACUCCACAUUGAAGUUCCCCCAGUUGGACGAGUGGCCGGAGUGAAGUGAACAAAAAAAUAUAUAAAAGGCAUGCAAAAUCUACUUAUACAUAUUUAUAAAAGUACAAGUUUAACAGGAUCAAACAUCAAAAACAGAACAGAUUUUAUGCUGCUCGGAGCUGCCACCGGUACGGAUCCCGUACCGGGGCGCAUCCGUCUGCCGGGCAUUCUAUUAGUAUCUUCUUCAUGACUAGUGCCACACAUACACGCACUAAUGUAGCUAACUCACCAUUUGUAAGGAGCGUAAGAGCAUCUUGGUUGGUUGCAAAAAGGAGUGUACGAUUACCCACAGCCAUCAGGGGCAUGUCAGAAGAAGUAAGGAUUUUUCGGGUAAGGAGGGAAAAAAGAAGGAACAUGUCUGUUAGGGAACGGAACUGUAAACAGAAGGAUGUAUGUUUUGUUGCACUCACACACAAGAAAAAUACACAAACACACGUAGCAACUUAAGAGUAAAAUGAGUUAAAGGCGUUGGCAUUCAAGGGUCAGAGAAUUGCUACUCGAACUCACAUCCCCGCUAGUUUCCCCAUUUUACGCUCGAGGGUGAACAAGUUUAAUGAUUCAUCUACGUUACAGUGCACAUUCAGAUGCAUGGAUAAAAAUCAUGUUGCAUCAUCUAUGAUGGUGAGUUAAACGAAAGUUACAAAAAAUAAGGAACGAGUCACAACACGUAAACGUUGGGGAGUUAUGGAUGGUAAGAUUUAUCCAGUCGAGAAUUCUCAACUUUUGCAAACCUUUAAACAAACUACAGACAAACCCUUCGCAUAACCUUUCUCUCCCUGACAACUCCAACUACGGACUGCUUACGUAUUCAUUGCUCCUUGAAUGGAAAAACCAUAUCAGCUACACAGAAAGAUAUCAGACUACUAACAAAUAUAUAUAUAUAUACACAAACAAACACACCCGAGCAAAGGAUAAUGGGAAUCAGUUGAUGCAACGUGGCAUGUAAAAAAAUCACUUGACAUUAUUGCGUUUGAAGAGGUUAACAGCCGACCAGUGUGUCCUUCUUUCACUCUCUUCAAUUAGUGUGCGUGUGUGUAUAAAAAAGGCAAUCAUAGUGUGCUAUGCUAUGAUGCUUAAUCGUGUUAUUUGCAACACUUCCACACAGAGAAAAAAAAACACAAACGAGAAGGAAGUAAUAAAUCCCUCACAAAUCUAUACAUAUUUUAUCAUUAUCCAGAAAAAAAACACACACACACACAUGAGCAGCAUUAACUAAACCAUAUCUCCCACAAACCGAACAUACGGAAGACACAUUCCUCCGUUGUCCUUAUGGGCGGGGAAAAUCUCUAACACAACAGUCCCAAAGUAAGUCCGAUAAAUACAAAUCAAAUGUAGCGGGAAAAGGGGGACGGAAACACGCACACACACACACACAACUUGAACCUAUAAUCAAAAUGUCUUAACAAACAAAAAAAAACAUCAACUGGAUACCUUUAGCAGAACGGCACACAAGAAGUAUUUACAACAAGAGCUAGGAAAAAGGAAGCAACACAACGCGCACAUCUUACAACCGCAGAGGGUUAUCUUUAACAUAACAGAUUUAAGGUUACACAAGCGGUACAUUCAAUGGGAUUAAAAAAUUGUCGUUUGUUACGGAUGGAACACCAGUUCACAUUUCCAUUCGCUGCUUAGUUUGUCAUCACACUUUACCGUUGUGUGUAAUGGAGAGCUUUUCAUAAACACACACACACACACACACGUUAAUUACAAUCUGGGCGUACAAUGGUAUUGCAAAUCUGCGAACCGGGAACCUCAUUAGAUGGGUGUGUUAAGAUGCAACUCCACACGCACAAAUUACACACGUAACGUUGAGUUUAUGCUUGGUAAGCAAAUAAAGGUUCCACUGUUUUUUUCUUGCGGAUAGUCGGAAAAGCUCGCUGUCAUGGCGAACUGGUUGAAAAGCAACGAACGGUGCCGGUUUUAAUUGGUCACCUUCAAUCCACGCGUUUGAAAAGUGAAUUUAGUUGCACCUUUAUUUCCUUCCUAUUACAACGUUACAAAUUCCUUCCAGAAGCGCCAGAACGUGUGAACAGGCGCGUCUAGCUUCACUCUUACACCCUACAACCACUCAAUCUUACUUAAGCAAACAAAAUUUAAAACAUGGAAUAGGCACACCACACAAACGCAUGAGGCAAUGUAAUAUCACACGAAAAGCGGUUCUAAAACCCGACAUGUGAAUAGAUAGAGUCGUACGUCGCGUGAUGUGCGGCGGUGGGUUUGAGCAGCAAUCGACAACAAUGUACGACGAACACAGUUUAACGAUAUGGUCUGUAUCAUAGACGGGGGUUAAAGGAAAGUGAAACAAAAUAAAGCAAACCAUUUAUGUAAA